AUGGAAAUCAAGAAAACAAUAUCGGCCUCAGCCGGUGCCCCUGGGCCCUGGCGGCAGCUCGUGUGUCUGGGUCCUGUGAGGCCUUGGGGCGUGGGGCUGGCGCUCUCUGUGGGUCUCGGGGCCCCGUGCUCGCGAAGCUGGGGGAGCGCCUGGCCCACAAGCGGCCCUAGUCCCAUCCACAGUGUCCUGGGAACGCUGGCGUCCAAGCGGUGGCCACCAUGCGCACCUGGGCGUGCAGGGGCCAUCGUGAGGCUCCUGGGGCUUCACGCGCGCCAUUUGGACGCUGGCCGGUGCCGGGCGAACGAGAAGUGCCGGUGCGGCCUCUCUACCUCUUCCUGGGCCCUGGGCCGUUCUGGGCGACAGGGAUCGGCGGUGCCCGGAACUACGGCAGCAUCAGGAGACAACUUGCUGCAUCGCUCAUCGACCUGGCGCUCUGAGGCAAAGAAGCUCCUGGGCUUGGUGUACCCUGAGCGGUGGAGGCUGUCAGCUGCUGUUGGAUUUCUGACUGUGUCCAGCAUCAUCACCAUGUCUGCGCCUUUCUUCUUGGGAAGAAUCAUUGAUGUUAUUUAUACAGACCCGACUGUAGACUACACUAGCAAGCUGACUAGCCUCUGUCUUGCCCUCAGUGGAGUGUUUCUUUGUGGAGCAGCUUCAGGAUCUGUCACAGCACUAGUUGGUUCCAGUGGGUCGGGCAAGUCCACAGUGGUCUCACUCCUGCUGAGGCUGUAUGACCUCCAUUCUGGGACUAUCAGUCUUGAUGGCCAUGAUAUCCGUCAGCUAAAUCCAGUCUGGCUGAGAUCCAAGAUUGGCACAGUGAGUCAGGAACCAAUUUUGUUUUCCUGUACAAUUGCUGAGAACAUUGCUUAUGGUGAAGACGACCCUACCCAUGUGACUGCCAAGCAAGUGGAAAGGGCAGCUGAUAUGGCCAAUGCAGCCACCUUCAUGAAACAUUUUCCUGAUGGAUUUAAUACUGUGGUUGGGGAAAAGGGAAUUCUCCUUUCAGGUGGACAGAAACAGCGGAUUGCAAUUGCACGUGCUCUGCUCAAGAAUCCCAAAAUCCUUCUUCUAGAUGAAGCAACCAGUGCAUUGGAUGCUGAAAAUGAGUACCUUGUACAAGAAGCGCUGGACCGGAUAAUGAAAGGAAGAACUGUGUUAAUUAUUGCCCAUCAGCUGUCCACCAUUAAGAAUGCCAAUAUGGUUGCUGUUCUUAACCAAGGGAAGAUUACUGAAUUUGGGAAACAUGAAGAACUGCUUUCAAAACCAGAUGGUAUAUACAGAAAGUUAAUGAACAAACAAAGCUUUAUGUCAUCAUAA